AUGCUUUGUGAAGAAAUGGGGUCUACUCGUGUACCCUUUAUCCUCCGCAUUGAAGUCAGAUGGUUAUCAAGAGGAAGAGUGUUGUCUCAAGUACCUGAGUUGGGAGAGGAAAUGCUUACCUUCUUUACUCUUGAAGAGAAGCUUGAGUUUUGUGAAUUAUUAGCUGGUGAAACCUGGUGUGCCAAGUUAUGCUACUUAGCAGAUAUUUUUGAACACCUGAACAAUGUCAAUAGUAGCAUGCAAGGAAGAAAUGAAAAUAUAAUAACUUUUUCGGACAAAGUUAAGGCCCUGGCAGAAGAAAAAAUGAGUCUCUGGAAUGUUAAAGUGAAAGAGGACAACUUGGACAUGUUUCCAAAGACUGCUGAUGCAAAUAAUAAAGAGAUGUUUUCUACCUCCUACUUGUGUGAACUGGGGUUCUCCGCGCUCACAAACAUAAAAUGUAAGAAAAGAGCAACACUGCAAAGUGUUGAAGAAGAAAAGAGAGUGUGCUCGACCAAUGUUCUUCCUAAUAUACAGCGGAUCUGCAAAUCCAAUCAAGCUCACGUGUCUCACUAA